AUGCCGUUCGAGAGUCGGGGUGGUGGCUCCCAUGAUGAUGACGAUGACGAUGUUUCGGUUGUGUCUGAUAUUAAUGAGCGACGGAAUCGUGAGCGGGAUUUCGAUGAUAUGUCUUCUGUUUCCUCGUUUGAGGAUGAUGAAGAUGAGCACGGGAAUGGUCACAAUAAUGGACAUUCGCGAUGA